UUAUUUUCUGUCACAACUGGCCGUACUGGAAAAUAUAUUUCCUACAAACAUCGUAGUUAUAGAAACGACGUUCUUGUUUAUUAUUGAGUAGCCGACAACUGUUACCACGCCAAAAUGCCGAAAGUAAUAUUCCAGAAGUACAAGAAGGUGGUCAGCAACAUCGACCCGACUCGUCAUAGUGCCAAAUUCAAAGAAAUCGACGAAUCGAGGCGCUCACAAGUUACGGAGUCGGACUUUGAUGAUGAAAUGGAGGGGGAGUACGAGGCGGAAAUGGAGGAAAUGAGGUCUAGUGAAUUUAGUUUGUCCGAAGGAGAAGCUGCGCUGAAUAUCGGGAAGAUCGAUUUGUCUUUCCCUGAGACAAUCGAGGAGUUUGAAAACAGUCCGCAGUGUUAUCCCCCCUCAUAUUAUACCUUAUCGCCCAAAGAGCGCUUGCUUCUCCUUUACGCCGAGAAUUUCCGGAAGCAAUUGGUUCUUAGUUACCCAAAGAGACGAGCGAUGGUCUUGGCUUUGCCCAAUGAAUGCAAAGUACAGAAAUUUGUUUGCACCACCAUCAGGCCAACGGCGUUUAUUUACACGCAACUCAUAUCGAGUGUUGAGGAAAUUGCCAAGUUUGUCGCCGAUUUUAUUCAGUAUGAACCACUAGAGGAUCCAAUUAAUUUGCCAACUCGCCUGAUAUCACCGGAUACUUUAUUGCGAAGGCGUAAGGGAAAUUCCUAUGAAAUGGCUACUCUCCUGGUCAGCAUGCUGAUUGGAGCUGGCCACCCAGCUCUGGUGGUCUCCGGAGUGGCCCGCGAGGAGACGAUUUUGAACGACCAACUGGCCAUUCCCUAUCCGUAUCCGAUCGUCGAGGUGGAGGCGGAGGAGGUAAAGCCGAAGGUUGAGAAGCCGGGCCAGAAGUAUAAGCUGCGCGGAUUACCCGAUUUGGAGAGUCAUCUCGAGGAGGAUAUGGCCGAGGUUCACAGGCUAAAGGCGGCUGAGGAAAAACGGAUUCAGGACGAAAUAAUCCGGAAGCAAAUGGAGGAACUUGAGCUGCUGGCCGUGGAUCGACAUCAUUAUCGACGCAGCCAUGCCUGGGUGGUGAUCAUCAACAAUGCCCCUUGGAGUGUGAAGCCCAAGACUACCUACACGGAUGUCAACGGGGAUGUGGUGGAGGCUCCUCCCAUGGCUAGUUUUAUAGAGCCCUCGACGGGAUUUAUUUGUGAAACGGGAUGCAAGCAGUACAUCCUAGUGGAUAGCAUCUGGAAUGAGUACAACUACUAUGUGUGCAAGCAGAAACAUCAGCGGGUUGGUGAACUGCGAUGGGAUCUGCGGGACACCAAGGACUGGGAGCACAUGCUGCCAGGUGAACCGCCCGAGAUGCGCACCUAUAAAAUGUCCUCGGAUGAGAAUAUAGCCGAGGAGGAACACGAUAUCAACGAGGAGAAGCACUUGGACUGCAUUGGUUCCUGGGUGGAACGACUGCACAUUGGUUUGGCCGAAUUUGAGCAACGUUUUCCCAGCUCCGAGAAGAAGAUCCAGUACAAAGGUGCCAUACACGAGCGUUUCUCUCCCUAUUCGCAGCGCGAUGGCAAGGUGAUGCAGCUAACCAUUUUCAAUAAUGACGAGUGCACAAUACCCAAAGUCCGCUAUGAGUUCUAUGAGAAUCGAUCGGAUCUCAUGCGUCAUGUGAAGUACACAUAUGCCACCGAUCAAUUUGAAGAGAUAUUCAACAAAGGGCGGAAUGACAGCUUGAAAUCCAUCGAGUAUUUCUCCGACACCACGCAACAGCGAAAAGUAUACUUUUAUUCGGCUUCAAGAAUAGAUUCGUUGGACUUAAUGGUGGUUGAACCAGGCUCUUUGAUUCUCCACUACAAGGGUCGCAGUGACAAGUGUUGGUAUAAGGAAUUUGAAUUCACUCCAGCUGGAAACGUUCUCAAAAAAGUCACUGAGAAAUUUCUGAAAGCCAGUGCUAAUGAUGUGUGCACAAAUGAUAUUGCAACACGCAUGUUUCUCUUUCAACAAAAUAAAAUUGUUUUGAAGUUUCAUUAUACAUUCGGGGCACUAACCGCUACAACAGUUGAGUUUACAAAGCCACCAAGACCGGAUUAUGGCAAAGAGUUGGUUUACGAUGAGAAACUAACGAAAAUAUACAAGGCUAAUCCCCUAGAUCCAACUCGCACUAAUCUCGAGUUAUACAGAUUGUUACGCGACCAACUGCAGUAUGAGGAUCAGUUGAGGAAAAAUUUUGAGAAAAUCUUCGAGGACAUAAACAACAUCUUCGAUUUACGCAAGUUCGAAAAGGCUGAGCCCAAGCUUAAGUUCAGCAUAUUUGAUCCACUAAGGAAUGGAGCAGCCAGAGCAAUACGAAUGAGACAGUUUGAGGAGGAAGAAGAACUCAAAAAGGAAAUAGCCAGUAAGCCCGCUGAUUUCCUGGCCCCAUAUCUAGUACCUUAUAAGGACCAGGAGGAGCUUACUCCCGAACAAUCUCUGAAUGCAUAUAACUCUUGUCUAAACGACUUGAAAUCGCGGUUUGUGAGCUUGCUGAACAAUUUGCAGCGUCACUAUGAGGAUCUAACCUCUGAGUCAAAAUCCCUUAAUCGGUUUCUCAACAAAUUUGAGAACCAGUUCAACAACUAUGAUUACAAACGUCUGGUACAACAGUCGAAGGAUCUGGAACUCAAUAAGCGAAUGGUGCAACAGCGCUUGACCCUGACUCAUGAAGAGUCCCAAAAGAAGUACGAAAUAGUUAAGAACUCCUUGCUCAAGGACUCGAGACUUAAUUUCAAAAAGGAAGAUUUGGGAAGGAGGCCGUCUGAGACGUCAAAAUAAAA